AUGUCUGCCGCCGCGUGUAUCUUUUGCAGAAUUAUCAAGGGAGAAAUUCCUUGCAUGAAGCUCUUCGAAAGCGAAAAAGUGCUGGCAUUUCUUGAUAUCCAGCCGUUGAGCAGAGGACAUGCGCUCGUCAUUCCCAAAUUUCAUGGUGCUAAGCUCACUGAUAUCCCUGAUCAAGACCUCACCGAACUUCUGCCAGUAGCCAAGAAGAUUGCUGUCGCUCUUGACGCGAGUGAUUUCAACAUUCUUCAGAACAAUGGCAGGAUUGCCCACCAAGUUGUCGACCAUGUUCAUUUUCACAUGAUCCCGAAGCCCAAUGAGACCGAGGGGUUGACAAUCGGAUGGCCCGCCAAAAGUGACGAUAUGGACUCCCUCAAACAACUUUGUGAGGACCUGAAGUCAAAAAUGUAG